AAUGUGACUGUUCUUGUUCCGAAGAGUGAAGUACUACCUCUUGAACGUAUGUUUACUUUGUCGCCGUUCACUCUUAUAAUAUGUAUGUAUGGUCUUCAGGAAGUUUGUUUGAUGUUUAUAAUUUUGAAUUUCAGUGAAUUCAUGUUAAAGAGUGACUUUCUGUUAUCACAUGUUCAUAGUACUGCAAAAAAUAUAUGUUUCUCCGACAUUCUCAUGGUAAUUCUCUCCAAUAAUGCAUAUUUCUUUGCAUUUGCCACGGGCGGAGGAAAGAGGGGGAAGUUGGUGGCACGAUGAACCUAUGCCAUUGGUUGCUAUAAAUAACAGACAGACAGUCCCUCGUAUAAGAAUCGCCGCCAUACUACUCUGGACUGGUAAUAUGAAUUCCGCUUUGACUUGUGAUAAUUAUACAAGAAUAACCUUUGUCGUGGUGAUAGAUGCUGACUAUCAUAUUACCAUGAUUAACAAAAAAAUGACGAUAAAACUUCCGUUCAAAUACUUUAAGAAAAACGAGUAAAUUUUCACUCGCUUUUCACUUCCAUUUGCAUUGUUAAAAGGGAAGUUCAAAAAUGUUAAUAAUGAUGUUUUAUUUACACAGGGUAGCCACUUUACUCUGAAAACUGCUAUACCAGCGGGUAAUGCAUGACGUUGUUUUUACCCUUCUCCGAUCUAAAUGCUGAGCGCCUAUAGCAAGAAGGCAGAAGGUCCCAUUUUGAAAAGUCUUUGGUAUGACUCGGCUGAGGAUCGAACCUACUACCUCCAUUUAUGAGACGGAUGUUCUACUUCUGAGCCACCAUACAAAAUGAUCAGAUCUCCCGUACCCCUGGGCAUCCUGUAUCGAAAGCGAGGAGUGAUUCCUACAGUCAGUUCCUAUAGAGUAUCAACUGCACGUUCCAUGACGUUGCUACCAGACACCUCAUAUCGCUUCAUCCACGUCUCAACAGUGCUGUGUAAGAUGACACGAUAGAGAAUGUUCAGAUAUUUCACUCGAAAGAUUUUCAAGAUGGGAAACAACAAAAAGAUUCAUGUGGUUAUUUGUUUACUCGUCCCCCUCUCUCUCACUACUGUAUUCCUACUGACUUCAGAAGAAUUCAAAAGAACUUAUAGGGCCAUGCAGCUUCGCCCGACAGCGUUCAACUGCUCGUCAUGUGCUGCAACGACGCGAUCGCUUUCCGUUGAAUGUGUGGACAAAGCAGCAGCCGAGGACGUCAUGGAAGUCCGCACCAAGGAGGAGAUUAAUAACUCUUCCAGAAACUCUGCACCGGAUGCAAACACUGGUGCCGGUGGGCUAAUUACUUACAAUGACAAUCGGGUGCUUUACAAGUUUUAUAGAGCUACUUGGGAUCCUUCGUACAAGUGUGUGAUUAAGAUGGUCAGGUUUCACAAGAUCGCAGAUGGCAAUGUUUACCACAACCACGAGAGGAACACUUUCGAUUCAUGUCAACAAGGAAAGGGCAACCCUUGCGCCGUAGAAGCAAAGUACACCCGGAAUCUGACGGAUUUCCGGGAUGCAGACGUCGCCAUUUUGAUGGAAGGGGCAUUUAAAUUCAUUGAUUUGGAAAGUGCUCUUCAAGCAAGGCCACCGGGACAGAUUUGGGUGUUGUAUUCUCGAGAGUGCCCCAUGCACGAACCGCAGCUCGUUCCUCCUUUCGCGGGCAACCCUUAUAAUCUUAGCAUGACGUACCGAUCAGGGUCGGACAUUAGAUUGCCGUAUGGACAAUUUGUGAAAGAUAAACUGAGUGAGGUGAAGAAUGGUAAUAAGUCGAGGCUGAUGAUGUGGAUGGCGUCACGAUGCAAACCGUUGGGUUGGGAGAGAACGGAGUUUGUUCAUGCUCUGCAGAAGCACUUAGAUGUGCACAUUUAUGGCAAGUGCGGUACCUACGAUUGCCCGCGUGACUGGAGAGUCUGCCUGAAGGAAAUGCAAAAAUACAAGUUUUAUCUUUCACUCGAGAAUAGCGAAUGCGCCGAGUACAUCACCGAAAAGCUGUGGAAAAAUGCAUAUGCGACCGGCAUGGUCCCUGUUGUCUUCGGAGCGAGGAAGGAGGACUAUGUCAGGUUUGCGCCACCGAAUUCCUUCAUCCAUUUAAACGACUUCAAGACCAUGAAAGAAUUUGUGGAUUACAUUAAUUUAUUGGAUCGAAACGAGACGCUGUAUAAUGAGUACUUCGAGUGGAAGAAGGUUGGGAGAGUUACUCUAGGCAUCGGGUCGGAAAGUGCUCUACACCCUCAGCAUCUGUGUGAAUUGAUAAAUAAGAUGGUGGACAAUUCGGUCUUUCCUCAGAAAUCAUGGAGGUGGAGGACACCCGACUUUCCUACAUGGUGGAAUCAGUCCUGUACUCACCAAACGGAAUUACUAGGAGUGAAAAUAUAGAUUGGAAUCUAAGACUUACAAUAACUACGAGUAGUGAACAGGUAACUAAGACCCAAUUCAUUGGCAAUAUCCCCCGACAUAUUGGACAUCGCCUACAUUUCUCAAAUGACUCUUCCUGUUUGAAAGGACAGUGUGUCCCACAGGUUUUCUCGCAGUUUAGAACACAAGAUGACAAAAAAACUUUCACAAUGUUAAACUUAAGUUUAACUAACAAUUUUAAACUUAAGUUUAACUUAAACUUGUAGGGGCGUCGUGAUCUAGUGGUUGCGAAUCUUAUCUUUCAAUAAGGGAGCAUGGGUUCGAAUCUCAGCCACGGCGCGUUUUCCUUCAGCAAGAAAAUGUAUCCACAUUGUGCUGCACUCAACCCAGGUGAGGUGAAUGGGUACCCGGCAGGAUUAAUUUCUGAAAUGCACCAAGCGCCCUUAGCAGCUGGAGCUACAGCUGGGGUAAUAUACAGUGCGUCAUUGAAUAGGAAACUAGAUAAAUCGGCGUCUCAUAAAUGCUUUAUUAUUAUUAUCAUUAUUAAGUAUUUUAACAGUGGGAAUCCAAUUCUCACGUGGUCCAGUGUGUGAACCCGCACAGUGUGAAAUGAUGAUUAUGUACACUGUUCAACUGAAGCGUUUUAACAGUGUAAAUCAGUUUCAUAUUGCCAAUUUUCAAAACUUACUUUGUUUCCUAAAAUCAUUCCUGGAUCCUGGAUGAAUACCAAUGGACCAUUGCACUGUAAAAAGGUUUACACAAUAUUGGGUAAAUGGGGAACAUGCAUGUUGUUGGGUAAAAAGAU